GGCGGGGGCGGGACGCCUCACGCUCACCGAGGCAACGGGCGGGCGAGCGGGCGGUCCCGGAUGGCGGCGGUGCAGGGAUGAUUUCUCUCCAGAGUUUAUUUUUGAAUGGAAGUGUGCUCCUUCCCAGUAGAAGAUGGUGAUCCUAAUGUAUGACCAUGGAGAAAGGGAUAAGUUCAGUAGAAGUGUUACCUUCCAAAUCAUCUCAGGUUACAGCUGUAAAAGUGGUGGUCAAAGAGCCCGAAACAAAGCAAACCCAAAGAGGGAAACGAGUGGGAUUUGUGCUUGUCCAUGCAGGUGCAGGUUAUCACUCUGAAUCCAAAGCUAAAGAGUACAAGCAUGUGUGCAAAAGAGCCUGCCAGAAGGCAAUUGAAAAGCUACAGGCUGGUGCCCUUGCAACAGAUGCAGUGACUGCAGCACUUAUAGAAUUAGAGGAUUCUCCUUUUACAAAUGCAGGAUUGGGAUCUAACCUAAACCUUCUGGGUGAGAUAGAAUGUGAUGCCAGUAUAAUGGAUGGAAAGUCACUGAAUUUUGGAGCUGUUGGAGCACUGAGUGGAAUCAAGAAUCCAGUUUCGGUUGCAAAUAGAUUGUUGUGUGAAGGGCAGAAGGGGAAACUCUCUGCUGGCAGAAUUCCACCUUGCUUUUUAGUUGGUGAAGGAGCUUACAGAUGGGCAGUUGAUCACGGGAUACCAGCAUGUCCUCCAGGUAUCAUGGCUACAAGGUUUAGUUUAGCAGCUUUUAAGAGGAACAAGAGGAAGCUGGAGUUGGCCGAAAAGGUGGAAACAGAUCUCAUUCAACUAAAGAAAAGAAGACAAUCAAAUGAAAAGGAGAAUGACUCAGGAACUUUGGAUACAGUUGGUGCAGUUGUUGUUGACCAAGAAGGAAAUGUGGCUGCUGCUGUCUCCAGUGGAGGUUUAGCACUGAAGCAUCCUGGAAGAGUUGGUCAGGCAGCUCUUUAUGGUUGUGGCUGCUGGGCUGAAAAUACAGGAGCUCAUAACCCUUAUUCCACUGCUGUGAGUACUUCAGGUUGUGGAGAGCACCUUGUCCGGACCAUACUGGCCAGAGAAUGUUCAUGUGCUUUGCAAACAGAGGAUGCCCACCAAGCUCUCCUAGAGACUAUGCAAAACAAGUUCAUUGGUUCACCUUUCCUAGCCAAUGAAGAUGGUGUCCUCGGAGGUGUGAUCGUUCUCCGCUCCUGCAGGUGUUCAGCAGAGCCUGAAUCCUCACAGGAAAAGCCAACUUUGCUAGUGGAAUUUCUGUGGAGCCAUACAACAGAGAGCAUGUGUGUUGGAUACAUGUCUGCACAGGAUGGCAAAGCUAAGACUCACAUUUCAAGACUUCCUCCUGGAGCUGUGGCAGGACAGUCCGUGGCAAUAGAAGGAGGGGUUUGCAGGCUGGAGAGUCCAGAAAGCAGCUGAUUCUUCACUUCAUUGCAGAGAAUGUGAAUGACUCUUUGUACAAUAAGGGUUUUUUUGUGUUUUAACAGAUGUUGGAAAUUCUGCUUUUGUUUUAUACUCCGUAUUGCAACCAUGUGCACCCCAACUUGAGACAAGUGCUGCUGUAGUUUAUGUUCUCACUCUGUGAAUGGGGGUUGUGUGCAUGUUCAUUUUGUCCCAUGAAUAAAAUAGGAACACUCCCCACUUGUGCAAAGAUCAUGUAUAAUUAAUGAUUGCAUUUUCAUUUUUCUGUGUUGAAAGAUAACCAAAAGUUAAGAAAAAAUAAUUUAAAGAUAGGGUCGCAAUUGUCAUUCAUAUUCUAAAUUUAAAAGUAACAGGCCUUUGAAGUGGCUUUAUAAUUAUGCAAAAAAUUAUUAUGGUUUCUAAGUUUCUUAGUGGUUUAAGGAAAUCCAGAGGCGUUUUAAACAUGAGUUGGUUUUUUUCUCUCCAGUAAGGAGGAUUUUUUCGUUGUUCAAAGAAUGGUUUCAGUGAAACAAACUAGAGCAAAAUUAAGGCUCAAAUUGUUUUUGAAUAGUCUUAUAGGUCAUAUCUGUGUUCCCAAACCAAGAUGUUAAUAGCUCCAAGCUGUAUGUAUUGCAAAAAGCUCUAUGAAGAUAAUGUAUCGUUACGCAGUCUUUAUGUAUAAUGGAAUAUUACCGUGUAAAUAAGAAAACAAAGUUUAUGGAAAGAUUCGAUAUUAUUCUUCACUUCUGCUUUAAAUCUAUUUUUAAGAGAGGUACAGAAAUGAACAUAUUACUGGAUGGGAAGUGCAAUGUGUAUCAAGUGGCUGGUGGGAGGUCUGAUACUGAGCUUUCGUGUUGGUAAAGCAACUUCCUGGUGUCCAGCCGCAGCAUGGGUAUUUAUAUAACUGUGUGUAAUAUGGAUGUACUGUGCAGAACUUUACUGUAACUCUUUUGAUACCUUGAACAAACCUGCAGUGUAAAACAAUGUAAUCCUUGUCUGCCUCGUGAAGCAUUGGCAGCUGAACUGUCACUUGUCACCGGUUUGGCUAUGUGAGCCGGGUUGCCCAAGUCCUAAAAGCGAGUUCUGACGUGAAACCUUCCACUCAGUCCUUUUUCCUUCACAGCACUGGCAGCAAUAGAAGACUUUUGUAAUUGAUUCAUUGUCCUGAUAAGUAUGCCAAAGAGAAACUAAAAUAGUUCAUCCUUUUCCCUGGUGGAUAUUUGAUAAUUCUGUUUUCAGAAAUAGUGGAUGAAUAGAUAUUCAGACUGUAUUUGCUUAAUCAGGCAUUGUACUUGCCUGUUUUGUAAUAUUGUGCCUGCCUAUAACAGACAUACUUGACUGAUGAAAUGGUUAUAUUGAUUGUAGUACCAAUCUUUCAUGGAAAAGAAUAAAAUUUUUUUAAUGGCCUGA